AUGACAGACUCCUCGCAAGCUCUGAUGGACCUUCUGAACCGUUCACAACGCACAAUGGAAGUUUCCUUCAAAUUCAUGAGUUUACCUGACGCCGCAUCCAAAAUUCGUUACUCCUUACAACUUUUCUACGAAAAUAAUUUAUUACCGCCCGCUUCAGACAUUUUCCAUCCAAAAAGUGACUCUGCCUCCUUGAACGCUCGCAACGAAGGAAAUCAACAUUUCAAAGCCGGAAACUACGUAGCAGCUCUGGAAAAUUACAAUCGAAGCCUUUGCCUGGCGACGACCGACUCGGAUCACUUAUCAAUUGGCUUCGCGAAUCGGUCUGCGGUCUACUUGAACGCUGGUUUCUUCAAAUUUUGCCUUGCUAACAUUGAGCUUGCUCGAAAAUUUAAUUAUCCGGAAAAAUUGCGAGCAAAAUUAGAAAAUCGUGAGAAAGAAUGCUUGAAAUUAAUGGAAAUUAACGAAGAUGGUGCGGAAAAAAUUAAAAAAGAAAAUGUUUCGUUGAGUUAUGAGACGAGCAAAGAGGUUCCUGUGAUGAUUGAAGGACUGGAAUGUGCAAAAUCGGAGCAAUUUGGACGUUUUUUAAGGACUCAACGUGAUUUGAAGCCAGGUGACGUAAUUAUCAUCGAAAAGCCCUUUUUGAAGCUGGUUGGUGCCUCUGCCGAAUACAAUCGAUGUGCAAAUUGCUUGGAAACUGCCUUUUUAAACCUUCUGCCAUGCUUGUCAUGCACUCGAGCGAUGUUUUGUUCGGAAAAUUGUCGCCAAAUCGCAUUCGAUCGCUUCCACAAGUACGAAUGUCCAAUAAUUGAUGGAAUUUUCACAUUUAACAAAUCAAUAGUGACCGGAAUUCGAGCAACUUUAUAUGCUUUCACGAUGUUUCCUGACAUCGAAGACCUAAAAAAGCUCAUUGACGACAUUGACACGUCUCAAGAAAGUGCCUUCACAGUCGAUUACUCUCAAAUUUCAGAAAAAAAUCAAUUUCGCGCGAUUUAUGCUUUUGCCACGAACGAAUCCAGCAGAACUUUUCGCGAUUUAAUGCGGAUGACGAACGAUUGCGCCAUUGCGUGGUACUUUUUGAGCAAUUACACGGACUUGAAAUGUAUUUUAAAAGACACUGAAGCGGAAAAUUUCUUCUUAAACGUCUUAUUUCACUUUGUGCAAGCCGCUUCCGUGAACACACAUGCCUUGGGCUUCUCAAAUAUCGGCCCGGCAGUCUUUGGAGGAGGACUUUUUGCGUUGUGCAGCUUGAUAAAUCACUCGUGUGCUCCGAAUGUCGUGCGAAUUGCCGAUGGAACGACGAAUGUGGUUGUCGUGCGACGUUUUAUCAGGAAAGGAGAGCAGCUUUUCGACAGUUAUGGACCACCUUUUUGUCUCUUGGAUGCCAAACAACGUCAGGCAAAGCUGAAAAUUCAUUACAAUUUUGAUUGUUCGUGUGAAGCUUGCGUCAAGGGAUAUCCGUUGCUGAGAAAUAUGAAGACAACGAGAGAAAUUCAACAAAAAUUUGUUGCGGAACAAAAGAAAAUUAAGAGUUUCGAUAAAGAAUUUGCAAGGAAAAAGUUUGAAGAGUAUCGAGAAUUUUUGAUGAAAAAUCACGAAAAAUACCCAAGUUUUGAGGUUUGUGUGUCGGAAGAUAAUUUGGUGACGUGUUUUUGCGUUUUGACCAUCGAUACGCCUUUGGAAUUUGUUUUAAAGCCAAUUAAUUAA